UGUGAUGGUCAAAUCAGUUAGUCGCACAGCAUUCAAAGAACUAGUGACACUGGACAUGGCAUACGAGUACAUCGACAUUGACGAUUCCAUCUAUAAGGCAACCUGUGAAGAACGUCAACAGCAAAAUUAUGUACUGGUCAAACCAAAGGACUACCGUAAGAUCCCCGUUACGCUUCCCAACUGGGAACCCGAGCCAUGCUGUUUGAAUAAAAGGUAUCGAGAGGUUGAUCAACGAAUAAAAUACAUGGAAGUCAAACCGGACGACGUCUGGGUGGUAACGUACCCGAAGAGUGGCACCACUUGGUGCCAGGAAAUGAUUUGGCUCAUUUGCAACGACCUCGACUACGAGACAGCGGGUUCAAUCAAGUUGUACAACCGGUUCCCCUUCAUGGAGUUAGGAGGUCUACUGGAUUUACCCCCGGGAUUUGAUCCAUUUCAGGAGAUUCUCUCUAUGUCUUCACCGCGGUUCAUCAAAUCCCACCUACCGGUUGCCUUGCUGCCGGAUCAAAUAUGGACGGUAAGGCCCAAGAUGGUCUACGUCAGGAGGAAUCCAAAAUCGGUCGCUGUGUCGUACUACCAUCAUUCGGUUUCGUUGCACGAGUACAAGGGAACGAUGGAUCAGUUUUUGCGAUCGUUCAUGAAGGAGUUGGAAUACUACUCACCUUAUCAUCGACACGUGAUUGAGUAUCACCAUUUGGACUACCAGGACAAUUUGCUACAUCUGCGCUACGAAGACAUGAAGCAGGAACUCAAAAGUACACUGAGACGUGUAAGCGUCUUCUUCCAUAAAUCCUACUCGGAUGAGCAGUUGGCCAAGUUGGCACAGCAUCUAUCUUUCGAAAGCAUGAAACACAACAAGGCCGUCAACUACAGCGAGUGGCUCGAGUUUGUGUUGAGCCAAACGAAUCGUGCCGAUAAGCUGAGAGAUCAAAAUUAUAUGUUUAUAAGGCGCGGAGAGGCGGACGGGUGGAAGAGGGAGUUGGAUCCGGAGAUGCUGCACGAGCUGGAAGAGUGGACCAAGCGAAUUGUGGUGGAUCCAGAGCAUCUGAAGCUGUUCCAAUGAU